AUGGUUCUUUUUGCCCUUAGCGCAACGUCACCGGAGCGCCAGGGAGCGUUAGAGAACAUCAUGGAGCCAUCUCGGGAGGCGGGCCGGUGGAACAAGGAGAAGUCGUGGAAUGAAAAGAAGGUUCGUGGUUGUGGUGGUUGGGAGCUUCUGCAUGUAGUGAGGGGAAGGGGAGCG